AACUAUGCUCAGAUUGAAAAGGAAGCACUAAGCAUAAUAUUCGGUGUUACAAAAUUUCAUCAGUAUCUGUAUGGAAGAAAAUGGACUCUAGUGACUGAUCACAAACCACUCCUUACCAUACUGGGCCCAAAGACAGGAGUGCCUACACUCGCAGCAGCAAGAAUGCAACGGUGGGCUAUUAUUCUGUCAGCAUAUGACUAUGACAUCCAGUAUCGCAAGUCAGAACUACACAGCAAUGCAGAUUGUUUGUCGCGUUUACCACAUGAGGUGUCAUCAAUUGGCAGUGAUUGCACAAUAUAUGUAUGUGAAGUAGCUACAGAGCUACCACUUACUGCUAGUGACAUAGCUGAGGCCACUCGGAAAGAUUCUGUAUUAAGCAAAGUCAUGGAUUAUACGAUGAGUGGUUGGCCAGAGUAUCUAGAUUCAGAGAUACUCAAACCAUAUCAUGUCAGGAGACAUGAGCUUUCAGCAGAGCAAGGGUGUAUCUUGUGGGGAAACCGUGUUGUGAUACCAGAGAUCUACCGUCAAACACUGCUAGAGGAUUUGCACUGGGAGCACCCUGGAGUGUGCGCUAUGAAAGCAAUAGCAAGGAGUUAUGUUUGGUGGCCAAAUUUAAACAGUGAUAUUGAAUGUAAGGUGAGAGAAUGCAGCGCAUGUCAGUCUGUGCGCAACAUGCCACCAGCGUCACCAUUAUACCCUUGGAAGUGGCCAGUUAGGCCAUGGAGCCGUAUUCAUUUGGAUUUCUUUUUUAAGGAAGGGAAAACAUUCCUUUUAGUGCAUGAUGCACAUUCCAAGUGGCUCGAGGUGAUACCAAUGUCUAAUACAGAUGCCGAACACACCAUCGAUGAACUUAGAAUACUGAUUGCAUCAUAUGGACUACCUGAGGAAGUUGUAUCUGAUAAUGGACCUCAGUUCAGUUCAGAUAAAUUCCGGGAGUUUCUGAAAACAAAUGGCAUCAAACAAACCUUGGUUCCACCUUACCACCCCCAGUCGAAUGGGGCUGCGGAAAAUUCAGUGAAAAAUGUGAAACGAGCAUUGGAAAAACACUUGCAUGAUGUGAAGUACAAAAAUAUGUCAUUAAAGCGUAGAUUAGCAAAUUUUUUGAUGCGUUAUAGAUCCACUCCUCACACUACCACAGGAAAAACUCCUGCAGAACUUUUUCUUAAGCGACAGAUUCGCACACGUUUCAGCCUACUUAAACCCAAUUUGGCUGAUGUUGUAGAGGAGAAACAAAUGCAACAGAAACGACAUCAUGAUAAAGCACCAGAACGUUGUUUUCAGUGUCACGACCGUGUACGUGUCAGGGACAUGACGGGCAGCAAGUUGGAUAAAUGGUUGACUGGAUCGGUGAUUAAAGUUUUGGGCCCAAGGAGAUACUUAGUACAAACUGAGAAAGGACUAAAGCAUGUGCAUGUUGACCAAAUAAUACCUGCAUUUGACCAGUAUUGUUUUUCAAAGGUAUUUUCAUCUCCAAUGGUGGAGAUGCCUGUAAUUAAUGAGAAUUUUGGUAUGACAACCAGACAUGUGUCAGACACACCAGUGCCUACCAGUCAGGUCACUGACACUGGUGACAUAAAUGUAGAGGAAAAUAUUAAUGUGGAAAUUUCAGCAUCUCCUGGGAAAACCCAAGUCACUACAGGUGACGAAUCUGUAAAAAUUAGCAAUUUUGAAAGCAGGUACCCAGUGAGAAAUAGAAAACCAAAAGUUAUUGUUGAUGUGUAAAUAUUCAAAGCAGCAAAGAACUCAAAACACACUGUGACUAUUAAUUACACUGUCUUAAAAAAGAAGACUGUUGCAUGACCUAAAAGACUUGUUUAUAACUGUUUAUGUUCAUUUUUUCUUUUCAGUUAUUUUACUACUGGUGUUGUGGAAUUUCUUAACGGUGUUCUAUUUUUAGUGUUUAACAUAUCAGUUCAUUUGGGAAUCUAUAAAAGUGUCACUUACAAAGGGGGAAGGAAUGUAGUAUAUUAGUUUGGGCUUGUCAUGACGUGCGCCCUCUAGUGAGCAUGUAAGACAGAAGCACAUGGUUCAGUAAUAAAGUCAGUUGUGAAGAUA